AACUGGAGCUUGCUGCCUAUUCCUAGCAGGAAAAGUUGAAGAAACACCCAAAAAAUGUAAAGAUAUCAUCAAAACAGCUCGUAGUUUACUAAAUGAUGUUCAGUUUGGGCAGUUUGGAGAUGAUCCAAAGGUAAACUCAGAUGUGCUAAAGAGUCUCUGACUUAAAUUUGUCAUGGUACAAUCUAAGUGGCAUAUAGCUGUUUAUGUAAAUUUUGGUAGCGUUCAUAGAAUAAAAUACAGGUAAUCCUUGACUUACGACCAUGCAUUCAAUGAUGGUUCAAAGUUAUGAUGGUGCUGAAAAAGGUGACAUGAUCUGUCUUUGAAGUUAUGACCAUCAAACUGCCCAAAUGAAAAACACAUGAUCGAAUUUGGAUGUUUGGCAAUUGGCUCGCAUUUACAAUGGUUUCAGCACCUUGCAGUCACGAAAUUGCGAUUUGCAAACUUAUCAGCCACCUUCUGACCAAGUCAAUAGGGAAAGCUGGAUUCACUUAAUGACUGUCUGAUUUGCUUAACAACCAUGUGAUUUGCUUAAUGAUUGCAGUAAAAAUUAUAAAAUGUCACAGAAUAGACGUACAUUUAAUAAACAGUCCAGUCACAUGAUUAUUUGCUUAAUGGCUGAAAUUCCAAUCCCAAUUGUGGCUAUAAGUAAAGGAUUACCUGUAGAUAAAACUAGAAGUAAGCUUCUAUCACCCAAAUACUUGAAUUUGUCUAUAAAAAAUUGGCAAUUUAUUAAUAAUUGAAAUAUAUUUCACUGGCUUGAUUAAUUUAGCUAGUAUUUUUAUGUUAUUUUCAAAGGCAAUAUGUAUUGCAGUGCUUGUGUUGUUCUCCUGUUGCAUUUGCCUGUCUUUUCAGCAAAGAAAUAACCCACUGCACAAGGGAAGCAGUGAAACUGGCCACACAGAGUGCAGCCAUAUGCAUACAGAAGAAGUUAUGGUUUUAGAGAGAAUCUUGCUGCAGACAAUAAAAUUUGAUUUGCAAGUCGAGCACCCUUAUCAAUUCCUACUUAAAUAUGCAAAGCAGCUCAAAGGUGAUAAAAAUAAAAUUCAAAAACUGGUUCAAAUGGCAUGGACUUUUGUAAAUGACAGUUUGUGUACUACACUCUCUCUGCAAUGGGAACCUGAAAUUAUAGCAGUUGCAGUUAUGUAUCUAGCUGGUCGCUUGUGCAAAUUUGAAAUUCAAGAGUGGACCUCAAAGCCCAUGUACAGAAGAUGGUGGGAACAAUUUGUACAAGAUGUACCUGUUGAUGUCCUGGAAGAUAUCUGUCAUCAGAUUCUGGAUCUGUACUCCCAGGGGAAACAACAGAUGCCUCACCAUACUCCCCAUCAGCUGCAGCAGCCUCCUUCCCUCCAGCCUACACCACAAGUGCCUCCAGCCCAGCAGUCGCAGCCUUCUCAGAGUUCAGAGCAGUCUCAACCCCAGCAGUCCAAAGACUCCCAGCAGGGAGGGACGCAGCAGCAGCAGCAGCAACAACAGCAGCAGCAACAGCAGCAACAGCCACCACAAAUUCAGCAACCCAAAAAACCCUCUCCCCAGUCAAGUCCUCCGAGGCAGACAAAGCGGCCUAUGCAGGCUGUAUCGCCAAAGGACGAAACCAAACCUGCAGAGGUCCCUCCUAAAAUUGCUAAAAUUGAAACUACUCAUCCACCAGUUCCAUCUGUGCAUCCACCACCUGAACAUAAACCUCCAUUGACAACUACAGUUUCCAUAGGAACUGAUCAAGCUACUGCAGUAGAUUCUGUAGACAUAACCAAGGUCCAGAUUGCUCCACCAUCUCAUCCAGCUCCUGUACAUCAGCCACCACCUAUGCCUCAUCGUCCCCCACCCCCACCCCCGCCUUCCAGCUAUAUAACCGGUAUGUCCACUACUAAUUCAUACAUGUCAGGAGAAGGGUAUCAGAGUCUCCAAUCAAUUAUGAAAACAGAAGCACCAACUUAUGGAGCUUUACCACCCACUUAUGGACCUCCAACUCAUUUGCCAUAUCAUCAUGUUUAUCCUCCCAAUCCUCCUCCUCCUGUCCCUCCUCCUCCACCAACAUCAUUCCCUCCACCUACCAUUCCUCCUCCUACUCCGGGAUAUCCUCCGCCACCUACUUAUAACCCAAAUUUCCCACCUCCUCGGUUACCUCCGUCUCAUGCAGUCCCACCUCAUCCCCCUCCAGGACUUGGCAUGCCACCUGCAAACUAUCCCCCUCCCACAGUGCCCCCUGGUGGACAGCCACCUGUACCACCUCCAAUACCACCUCCUGGUAUGCCACCUGUUGGAGGACUUGGCCGGGCAACUUGGAUGAGAUAGCAGUUGUUCAUAGCAUCUUUUUUGUCUUGGGCGAGGUGGACAAUAUUAUAAUCAGAUAAGGAUAUAGAGGCUUCUGUUUGGAAAUAUAGAGAGCAAUGAUAUUGGUUUGGUUAAGUUAGAUCAGCAGAAAACAAUACAAUUUAAAUAUUACAAAGCUAACUAAAAUUUAAGAGUUUUGUUAAUUGUGGUGGAUUACUUUGCAGUAAUAACAUAUUUUGAAGGCCACAUUGGCUGAGUUGUAUUGGUAAGGAGAAGAAAAAUAGAAAAGUAUAUGCCUACUUGAAUAUCAGGAUUAAAGUUAUUCCAGAUGAAAGGGGGGGGAAAAACCUCUUUAUGAUUUUAUUACAUAACGUUCCAGCAAAACUUUGCUCUAAGUUGCAGUACCAAUUUAUUUUAUGCCUCUCUGUGUAUAUGUGUGGAUACAUAUCUACAAUCUCACUUUCUGCCAUUGUUAUUUUGGAAUGAAUGUUCAGGCUUAAUUUGAAAAUUUCUGUAUAUAUAUAUAUUUUCAAAAUGUAAAAAAAAACUCUAAUGGCAUACAAUGAUUUACAUUUUCGUUGUUUCUGAUUCUUGGAAAAGCUGUGUUGAAAUGUAUCCAAAUAAACUUGUUUCUGAAAGCUGAAA